UCUGCAGGGCUGGAAGGCCAAGUUGGAGCCAAGUGAAGGCAACACAUGAGCAGAAGCAAGGACAGCAGUCUUUCUUUUUUUGCUUUUGCAUCGGUGCGAGUAACAACACACAACAGGCAACAUGAGCAGGUGUUUGAUUAGCCAGAAGGAGGUGCAGAGUUUCAUCGAGAGGUGCAUGGUCGCGGUGGGCACAAAGCAGCAUCAUGCCCGCAGCCUGGCAGAGGUUCUGGUGGAGGGCGACCACAGGGGUCACUACAGCCACGGGCUCAACAGGAUGGAUAUGUACGUGAAAGACAUUCAGACGGGAAUCUGCGCCAAGGAUGGGGAGCCUGUCAUCGAUAAGGAGAGUCCAGCCACGGCGCUCGUGAACGGGAAGAACCUCCUGGGCCCCGUGGUGGGGAACUUCUGCAUGGAUCUGGCCAUCAAGAAGGCCAAAGAAGUAGGCAUCGGCUGGGUGGUGGCGCACGGCUCCAAUCACUAUGGCAUCGCCGGCUACUACGCCAUGCAAGCUCUGAAGGAGAACAUGAUUGGAAUGUCCUUCACCAACACGUCCCCACUGGUGGUCCCCACCCGCGGGAAAGAGUGCACCUUAGGCACCAACCCUCUCAGUGUGGCAGCUCCGUCCAAAGAUGGUGACAGCUUCGUCCUGGACAUGGCGACGUCCGCAGUCGCCCUUGGAAAAGUGGAGCUGCACGAGCGUCGUGGUGACAGUAUCCCGGAGGGAUGGGGCUGCGACGCCCACGGCAAGAUUACCGCCGACCCCAAGCAAGUUCUGAACGGAGGCGGCUUGGUUCCCAUCGGUGGCAGCGAGGCCACAGGUGGGUACAAAGGUUACGGACUUGGAAUGAUGGUGGAGGUGUUCUGCGGUAUUCUGGCUGGUGCCAAAUACAGCAACCACGUCCGCACAUGGAAAGUGACCGACAGGGUUGCAGACUUGGGUCAGUGUUUCGUGGCAAUCAACCCAGAGAACUUCGCUCCCGGGUUCACUACCCGCAUGGCGGACCUCUUGGCCAUUCAGAGAGGACUAGAACCUGCUGAUCCCGACGCUCCUGUUCUGACUGCCGGAGAUCCCGAGAGGGCCAACAUCGCCAAGUGUGAGAAGCUAGGCGGCAUCUCAUACCACAUCAAUGUCGUCAAUUACAUGAAUGAAUGCGCCAAGAGAGUGGGCGUCAGUCCUCUGUUGCCUUGUGACAAAAUCAUUCCAGAGUAGAUUGACAAGUGACAAGUUGAAGAUCAUUUCGGCUUCUUUUGAGCAUGCCAACAGCCUGGUUAGCAUAUACGGCGACCAAAUGAAAGCAAUUAUAUCUGUCGUGUCGAAAGACAAAGUCCACGACAAAUGAACGACUAUGUGAAGUUACGUUUUAGGCACAUUUAGUCAUGUUAUGUCCAUCCAUCCAUUAUACAAACCGCUCAUCCUCACUCUCCCAACUGGCAAUUAUAGGCGGAGUAUUUAGUAUGCCUGACACACUUGCGUUGUGGAACAUGUUACUCUGACCAGAAAUGGUGCACCUUUCUUUCCACUGAAACCUUUCGCCUGUUUUUACUUGCUGACUGGGCAAAUGAAGAUGAAACAUUUCCAUACAAGUUGAGCCGAUUACGAUCAUCGCUUGCCAACACAGUGAACCAAUACGGUUAGAAAUAAGUGAAUGUACUGUGAAAGUGGGUGGGAUGUUUCGAAGACAGAACAUCAUUUUUAAUCGAAUGAAGAAAUGACUUGAUAUUUUUAUAUGUACAGUAUACAGCAAACUGUAUAAAGUUCUCUCCCUGCUCAUUGUUGCCAGCAAGAUUUCAAGUGGCUUAUUCUUCCAAAUAAAAAAGUCUGCAAUAC